UUCAGUCAGAUUGCGUGUAAAUCGACAACGGCGAGGGCCGGAAAGUGACAAUAUGUUAGAUCUUUUCACGAUUUUUAGCAAAGGAGGGAUUGUUCUUUGGUGUUUCCAAGGAACGUGUCAAGCCUUUGGAGCGCCCGUGAAUUCGCUGAUUAAAAGUGUAAUUCUUCAGGAACGUGGAGGAAGCAACUCUUUCAGUCAUGGAACUCUUACCCUAAAAUGUAAAUUAGACAAUGAGUUUGAACUCAUAUUUGUGGUGGCGUACCAAAAUAUAUUAUCUCUGGCCUACAUUGACAAGUUCAUUGAUGAUAUUCAUCGGGAGUUCAGAGACAAGUAUAAGGAGGAGCUGAAGAAUGGGAGGAUAUUUGGCCAAUUUGAUUUUAGUGAUGAUUUCCAGCGGGUCUUGAAAGAGGCAGAGAAGAGUAGUGUAGUUGCUAAGAAGGGCAAACAGAUGAAGACCUUUGAAGAGUCUCACAAAUCUAAGAAGACAGUUGGAUCCAUGAUCAUAGACACAAGCAAAGAAGAGAAGAACAUCAUCAAUAAAACUAAGAAAGGAGGUAAGACUGAGUCUAGCCCUCAGCCCGCCAAGAAACCUGUAAAACAGCCAGAAACCAAUGACAAUGGGAGCCUGGAUGAAGAGACUAUUAGACGCAACAGAGAGAAGCUCUUCAACAGAAACAAGCCGAAGAAACAAGAGAAAUCACCGAAAGUGACUUCUAAGCCGACCAAGAAACCAAAAGUAGCUACAACAUGGGGAAUGGGAGGUAAUGCUAAAGAUAUGGACACACUGGAUUGGAGUGAGAAACCUCCAAGCACCAAUGGAACCGGUGAUAAACAGAAUGGAGAUAAGGAGUUUGAUAUAGAGGAUGAGUCUGCCUGGGUGGGCACGAUGAAAGGAGAGCUGCCAAACAUCGAUGGACUGAACGAAGGGGAAGGAGAGGAAGAGGAAGAAGAGGAGGAGGAGGAAGAGAUUCAGACAGCCAGCAAACCAAAAGCCCAGUCUAAGACCGGAAGUCGUUUUGGAAUGUUCAACAUGUUCCGUGGUCUGGUGGGUUCAAAGACGCUGGACAAACAGACGCUCACUCCUGUUCUUGAUAAGAUGAGGGAUCACUUGACAGCCAAGAAUGUUGCUAGGGACAUCGCUGAGAAGCUGUGUGAGUCUGUGGCGACAAAGCUGGAAGGCAAAGUCUUGGGAACUUUUGAAAGAGUAACAUCGGUAGUAAAGGAAGCCCUACAGGAGUCAUUGGUCCAGAUCCUAUCACCAAGACGACGCGUAGACAUCCUCCGAGAUGCCCUCGAUUCCAAGGCCCAUAACAAGCCGUUUUCCAUCACGUUCUGCGGGGUGAAUGGUGUGGGCAAAUCUACCAACCUAGCCAAGAUCUGUUUUUGGUUGAUUGAGAAUGGUUUCCGAGUGCUGAUCGCCGCCUGUGAUACCUUCCGAGCUGGUGCUGUGGAGCAGCUUCGCACCCACAUGCGCCAUCUCAACGCACUUCACCCUGCCGAGAAACAUGGGGGUCACGCUCCAGUUCAGCUCUAUGAGAAGGGAUACGGCAAGGAUGCAGCAGGUAUCGCCAUGGAAGCUAUUAAGUUUGCCCGAGAUUAUCGGUUUGAUGUGGUGCUGAUAGACACUGCUGGUCGAAUGCAGGAUAAUGAACCACUCAUGAGGGCGCUCUCUAAAUUGAUCAAGGUGAAUCGUCCAGAUCUGGUGCUUUUUGUUGGCGAAGCCCUCGUUGGCAAUGAAGCUGUUGAUCAGCUCACCAAGUUCAACCGUGCUCUGGCUGAUUUCUCUGACUCUGAUGACCCCCGCCUCAUCGAUGGAAUAGUCCUCACCAAGUUUGACACCAUUGAUGACAAGGUUGGAGCAGCCAUCUCCAUGACCUACACCACCGGUCAGCCGAUUGUCUUUGUGGGAACUGGACAGACCUACCGUGAUCUCCGUAACCUCAACGUCCAGGCCGUGGUCAAUGCUCUCCUCAAGGCCUAGUCACUAUUUACUACUUAAUACUGUAAUUUCUCUCUUAAUAGCAUUGGUGAAGUCAGCCUUAAGACAACCACACACCUUACGACUGGUCUGCGACCCGAUUUCAGAAUAAGAUGUAGUAGAAUUUGAUGCUAAUA